AUGGCCUCGUCAAACAGCAUGCAGUACCAGUUCUCAAUCGAGAUCUUCGGCCACGGCGAAGACCCAAACCACCGCUCGCACUGGGGCUUCGUAAUCCACCGCCCACCAAACACCCACGGCGACCUCCUCCACGUCCGGCCGAUCGACCUGAAGAGGCUAUGGUACGAGUUUGAGCCUCAAUACGGGACAGAGCUGAACGUCAUGCAGGCAUUAGGCCUGUGCAAGAUCUCGACGCUGGACUCGGAGCAGAGGCGACAGGCAAUUACGAUUAUCGGGGCUGAGCCGGCGCCUAGAGAUGGUGUGCGCAGGUGCCAGGAUUGGGUGUUCAGUACUUUGAUUGCACUCGAGGUUGAGGAGUUGGUUCCGCCUGGGGCGUCGGAGUUCUGGAAGGGGUUGAUUGGAAAGACGGCGAGGGAGGUUCAAAGUGCUGUUGGGGGGAAUUGGAGCCCUAUAUGA